AUAAUUUCUCUGCUUGUUGAAGGAAUCAAGUGGUUUGUUUCUUCGUUUUUUCUAUCUACAAUAAUCAACAUCUCCCUUUUAUCUCCUCAAUUCAUUCACUUUCAAUCAAGAUGGCCAGCCAAAUCGUUGUCUUAGCUCUCAUCUUCGUCGCCAUCGUUGGAUGUGUAUCCGCCCAGGCACCCGCCACAACCCCCACCACUUCCCAAGCCACCACCACUCCUGCAGCAGAUGCCACCACCCCAUCUGGCUCCGCAGCAGCACUUACCCCAGGCUCUGACGCAGGUGCAUUAUCUCCCACCGAAGGCUCCGCCUAAUCCCCCGUCGAUAGUCCCAUUGGCAACACCGACGAUAUUGCUGCAUCCGUUCCUGCCCCAGAACCUUCCACACACAAGAAGAACGGUGCAUCAUCCUUGGGAUUCUCCGCCGUCACCGGUGCUGCCGCAGUUGCCGGCUAUUUCCUCUUCUGAGAACUGAGUUGCCUUACUCCACUUUGCUAUCUCAAUAUCAGAUUCACUCUUUUUGUCAUUCUGAUUCUGAUCCUGAGAAUUCUUAUCCUCCUUGGAUUUAUUGAUGAGCAUGACCCCGGAAGCGAGUAGGAUGAAAAGGACGAACCCUAACGCUGCAGCAAUGUUACUCUUAUUUAAGGAAAUUUCAGGGCCUUAUUUGUUUCGAGGCAUAUAGUUCUUGAUCGGAGAGAAAACUAACUCCUUCAAGGAGGUCAUGGACUUUGAUUUGGAUCCUUUUGCUGAUACUAUUCCUGAGCGUGCCAGCAGUAAUGCCAGGGCUGGGGGCAAGUUCCAGCCAAAGUCCAAAGCACGGCCCAAGCAAGAAACACCAAGCACACUGCCAACCAAUCUCUCUAGUGCCACAGAGGAAAAGUCUGCCAAAACAACCUCCGGUCAUGACGCUGCAGCUGUGAAGCCCAUAACACCGGCCACCAACCUUCAAGAUGCUGUAAAAUCUCUUUCUCCCGUGGAUCCAGGACAGAGUGGAUCAAUUGAUUCGAUUCAUGUAUCGUCUUUCUCUGUAAAUACCUCUAUCAUAAGGCAGUGUGUUAAGGCGGUAGAAAAUCCUUCUUCUAAACUUAUUGGAGCUGAAGUGCUGGCCAACAAAACUGAGACUCCCUGUUCUGGAGUUCAACUGUCUGAUGGUGACAGAAGUUUUGAAACUGGGUGCUCUUUAUCUGAAGUCACCAUAAGCAAAGAGAAUGCAGGCUCCACGAAUGCUCGCUUUUCAGAAACUGCAAUCUCCAACAGCAAUAUGAACAUUCAUUCUGGUUUUGGAAAGUUGGGAGUAGAGGGUGGCGACAUUUUUUUUGAACUCGAAUCUCUUGACAAUAUUCUUUUUCAAGCCAACACUUCGACUGUUGUUACUGAAAAUAACUUCCAGUGUAACAGUGAUGUGAGUUCUCAGCCAGGAAGCAAGCUAAUAAUAUCUCAUCCUGUUACAAAUAAUGCUGUGGACUCGAAUAUUUCUCUUAGGGAACAAAUCUUUCAUUCUUCCAGCCAUCAGUACACAGAGGUAGAACAGUGUAGUCAAGUUCUUUCUUCUGUCAACUCUUCUACCUUCCUGCAAUGUAAUGCCAAUGCCAUUGGUGUUCCUGCCGAAUCUAUUUUGUCCCAUGAGCCAGUAAACAGCAGCAAAGCUGCAGCUUGUGAUAGCAGCCGGCAUAUGCAGAUAGAUAAUCUAAGGCCUGGAAUUGAGGAGGCAGGGGCAUUUAAUGGAUUGGAAACUUUUGAUGUUAUUUCUGAAGCAACUGUUGCUCCUGUUAAUCAUAACGGCGAAUUCUGGUCCAAGAGCAAGGCCCAAGAUGAGAAUGAAAGGCCCAUCACUUCUUUCAGUUUUCCUGAUGCCAUGGAGUCCAUCUCUUGUCCUGGAGAUGCUCAAUUGACUCCUCAAAUCUACUUGGAUGAGAGUUCAGUUCCUACCUUUCGUCCUGAUUGCUCUCUUGAUUUCUCAACCAUGAGGUUCUCUGAGACUACCCCUUCAGAUCGCCCACCUGAACUUCUGGUGACUGAAGGCCCCAGAAACCUUGUCGAGGCAUCUCACUCUGAUGUUGUAACAUCUGAAAAAGUUAUGGAUUCACAAGCUUCUGGAGGAACAUCAAGAAGAGGGACUAGGAAAAAGAAACAAUCAAUAGUAUUGGAAGGAACAGUGAAAGAGGGUGACUCUCAGAAUUUUGAGCAACCUUCUCAGAGGGGCCAGGAUCAAAGACCUGCAUCUAUGGCUGUUGAUGAGAAUGAAGCUACUAAGUUAUCGAGGAGACUUAGAAAAAGGAUAGCUGUUUGUGUUCCUGCUGAUGAGAGAGAGAAUGGGAUUGGUGAAAGUGAGAAUGUUCACGAGGAGACUUCUAAUUGUUCUGACAUGGAAGAAGGUGAAGAGGAUGGUGAUGACGAAUAUAGAGUGAAGGACACGUCCCGGAAAAGGAGAGCACCAAGAAAAAUGAAGAAACAUGCACCUGAAAAUGAUGGACCAGUUCAAAAGCAUAAAAAGGUAUCUGAAGGACAGGGUCCAUCAGAGAAAAAAGUUAAAAAGAGGUUCUCUCAUUCUACUAAACGAAAGAGAAGACUAGUGGAUAAAGUUUUGCUUGAAACGCCUGAGGAUGAAAUCAACCCUCAAAAGCUGAUGAUUAGAGAUCUUAUCCUGCUUGCAGAGGCAAAGGAGAAGUUAUCGAAUAAAGAAGCAGCAGCAUCAAAAAAGUCCUUUCCUAAUAGAAGUGCUGUUAAUUCUGCUCCUUACGAUGCCUCAUAUAAUGAAGAUGACUCCUUUGCAUCAACGCAAGAUUAUAACUCAGCCGAUGACCAAGCAACUCAGCAUGUUCAACGGAGUUCCACUAAAUUGAAUUACCAUACCUUCAUGGACAGGACACCUUCUGAAAGAUGGUCAAAACAGGACACAGAGCUGUUCUAUGAGGCUAUUAGGCAAUUCGGUACAGAUUUUGCAAUGAUACAACAAUUAUUUCCUGGUCGUACACGUCAUCAAGUGAAAUUGAAAUAUAAGAAAGAAGAACGUCAACAUCCUUUGAGGCUUUCUGAUGCCUUAACUAAUCGUUCUAAAGAUCAUUCCCAUUUUCAAAUAGUGAUUCAACGAUUACAAGCUGCAGCUCAGGCAGAGAAGAAUUCUGAUGGAGAUGUGGCUUCAGUUGCUAUGACAGAUGAGGAAGAAGUGACUCGUGAAGAAAAUGAAGAAGUAGCAAAAUCAGAUGAGAAAGUAGAACAAGUAGCAAAAUCAGACGACAAAGUAGAACAAGUAGCAAACAAUCCUGAACUCAAGGUUCCUGAGGUUCGUGAUAUUGCGGUGUCUCUUGACAAUGAAGAUGAUUUCUGGAGGUGGAGUCAAUAUAGAGGUGCAGAUUAUUCUUCCCCUGAAGAUGAGGAAAAGGGUGAAUAUGACUUGUAGUGUACUAACUAAUUUUUUUUUUAACUGAAUAUAACUUUCGUUGUCUCCACUAUGUUCCUAUUUAUGUUCUUCAUAUGAAUAGUUAGAUUAUUGACCAAGUCAAAAUAGGAAUAUUCAUUAAUUAUAAUAUUUCUUUGGUGUACUUUGUAACA